GCGUGAACGCGGAGGGGAAUAAUUAGACGAAUGCCAUUGUUUGAAUUUUGAAAAAGAUGCACUCCGGGCGCUCGAUCCAUUCCCACACGGCCGCCACCCCUGCCACUGUCAGUCGUGGUAUUUGACCCUCACCUUGACCUUGGAUGUGUCUCGCUGGCGAGCACUCGAGGAGGCAAGCAUUUUGGACUCCAAAGCACGGUUCUACAGCCCUCAACAUGUCUUCCCAUUAACUCUCUACUUGUCAUACAUCUUGUAGACCUUACUCCCACUCACUUGUCCCGCGAUGGCCCCCCACGAUCAACUGUCGUCGGACGAUGACCUGUUCAAGUCCGACUCCAGACGUCCUCACGAGACAGUCGAAACCCUUCCCCUUCAGCGACCCCCUACGAGCGAUUCCGAUAGCAUUGACGACGAGACGUUGAAUGCCCUGCCACAACCUAAGGCCAAUACAAAUCGAGAAACGCAGCCUACUCAACUGAUAGACCGGCAACCUCAACCUAUAUCCUCUUCACCAGUGCGCGGUAAUGCGGGAGUCGUCCAGGUCGCAGCCUCCUCGCCUAUUGCAGCCCCAACCGCAAGCCGCAAGCCUGGUGGCAUCCUGGCGAGUGCGAUGGCUCCCGCUGGGACCACCUUCAGAAAACCCUAUGUUGCUCCGCAGCCACCUCGCACAAUCCUCACCAUUGAUAGCGACGACGAGGGUCCGAGAUAUCGAGCCGGCUCAUCCGACAGCGACGGAACGAGUCUGAGAUCGAAUGACAUCAAACCGUCCGUGUUCGUGCGAAAGAGCCAGGCUACAGAAAAGAUCCCCGAGUCUCCACAAGCACAGAAUAAUGGCCGUAGCCGGUUUAUGGAGAUUGCUGCAAAAUCGAUGUUUCGAGCCUCCCCGGACACGUACUUGUCAUCCAGCUCGACUACAAGCAAACGCUCCGCCGAUGUCAGUGCCAAUGCUUAUGGUAACGUGUCAAAGAAACCACGACAAAACGGACCGUCUCGUGCGCUCCCGGUGUCGCCGCCGAAAAAGCAGCCAGAGAUGGAGCUGGAUGAUAUCAGUGACUACAACCUAAGGCAGAAAGUCAAACGCAUGAUGUCCAUGGUGAGGUCGGUAUCGGUCAAGGAGUGCUCCGAGGCUCUUAUGUCGCGACGGGGAAAUUUCGAUGAUGCUGUUGCCGACGUCCUCCAGUUGAGUGAGCAACGGCAUGAGAAGAACUUGAAGAAUCCGGUUGAUUUGACAGGCUCAGAAGAUGAGCUGUUGCCCACUCCUGUUGUGAAAAGGCCUGUUGCCAAACCUGUGGUGAAUGUGGCCCGCCAACAAGCCAGGGCACCCCAAAAGUCGAUUGCAGAGAAGUGGAGCUCGACCCAGAACGCCAGGAAGCCUUCCAAGGCGAUCGAUGUCUUUGAUACUCCUCCACCACAAAAGAAACGAACAUUGGUGCGUGGCCGGAAACGCUCCCCUUCUGUAGGUCAAGGAGAAGCUGUUUCUAAGCCCGUUGUCAAACCUAUACAAAUUGUCGAGUCGGAAGAGUCGGAUGCGGCGGAGUCAGAACACAGUCUUGAAGAAAAGGGCCAUACCUCAUUCCAGUCCCGGGUGCUUGAAUUUUUCAAUACAUGCUCAGCGGCUGAUUUGGCCGAUAUUGCAUCCACCACACCCGAUAUCGCUAAGCAUUUCAUCGCUCAGAGACCGUUCAAAAACCUCGACCAGGUUUCGAAGGUCCAGACGCCAAAUCUGAAGCCUUCCAAGGUGAAGCGGAAAGCCGCACCAUUGGGAGAGAAGAUUUUGGAGAAGGUUGAGACGAUGUUGGAAAGUUACGAAGCUGUGGAUUACCUUGUCAAGCAGUGUGAGGGUCUAGCAAAGCCCCUGGCAGAUGAAAUGAAGAGUUGGGGCGUCAAUGUUUAUGGGUCUCAAGACGGAGAGCUCGGUAUUGUCUCGCUACCAGGCACGCAACGCUCAAGCCACGACUCUGGGAUUGGGACUCCCAUAAGUGAUGAGGAUCGGGAUCCUGUCAAAAAACCGUCGAAGAAGACUUUGAUCGGGCAGCCGUCAAUCAUGUCCGAGGAUAUCCGGAUGAAGGACUACCAAGUCGUGGGAGUGAACUGGCUGAAUCUUUUGUACCAAAAAAAUCUCAGCUGCAUCCUGGCAGACGACAUGGGGCUGGGAAAGACUUGCCAGGUUAUUGCAUUUUUGGCCCAUCUGUUUGAGCAAGGCCGGCACGGGCCGCAUCUUAUUGUUGUUCCUGCGGCGACUCUGGAAAACUGGCUGAAGGAAUUCCAGCGCUUCUGUCCGACCUUGAAUGUCGAACCAUACUAUGACAACAAUCCGACGGAGCGGGUGGCGCUUAGGGAGAACCUCGAGGCGGCGCGAGACGAGGUCAAUGUUAUCGUCACGACGUACACCCUGGCUAAAGGGAAAGACGACUUCCCUUGGCUGAAAAGCUUUGGGUUCGAUUGCACCGUGUACGACGAGGGGCACUAUCUGAAGAAUGCUGAGUCUCAAGUGGCCAGUAAACUUGUGAGAAUACAGUCGAACUUUCGAUUGUUACUUACGGGGACGCCAUUACAAAACAAUCUCAAAGAAUUGAUCAGCUUGCUGGGCUUUCUCAUGCCAUCCAUGUUCAAGGCCAAGGCGACUGAGCUGAGCUACAUAUUCAAGCAUAAUGUCAAAGCGAUGGACAACAACCAUGAGGCGCUACUCUCCAGCGAGAGAAUCAAACGCGCCCGAAGUAUGUUGACCCCUUUUAUCCUGCGGCGCAAGAAGGACCAGGUCCUGAAAGAUCUUCCCAAGAAGGAACGUCGCGUCGAGUACUGCGACAUGACUCCUGAACAAUCAGAGUUGUACCAAGCGUGCCUCGACAAAGCUUACAGCAUUCGUGAACGAAGGGAGAAAGGAGAAAAUGUGGCCAACGAGUCGGCAAAUAUCCUGAUGAAGUUGAGACAAGCGGCGAUCCACCCAUUGCUCUUCCGCCGAGUGUAUCCUGAUGAGAUCUUGCCCCGGAUUGCGAAACAGUGCCUGAAGGUUGACAUGUGGCGCGAGUCCAAUCCGGACCUCAUUGUCACCGAGUUAGAGGCCUACUCGGACAUGGAGAUUCACACGUUGUGCGAUCAGCACCCGGAACUGAGGAGAUUUGCGCUCAACGACCACGAAUGGUUGGCUAGUGGGAAGGUACAGAAGAUGCUCGAGUUACUGCGAAAGUUCAUGUCAGAGGGUCACAGGACUCUGAUCUUCAGUCAAUUCGUCAUGGUCCUUGAUAUUCUUGAACUGGUGUUUGAGCGAGAGGCCAUUGACUAUUUCCGGCUCGACGGCAGCACCAAGGUUUCUGAAAGGCAAGAUUUGAUCGACGAAUUCUCUGCCGACGACAAUCAUACUCCGGUGUUCAUGCUCAGUACCAAGGCGGGCGGCGCGGGCAUCAAUCUUGCAAAGGCGAACAAAGUGAUUGUCUUUGAUAGUGGCUUCAACCCUCAGGACGACAUCCAGGCCGAGAACAGAGCCCAUCGGAUAGGUCAGGUCAAAGACGUCGAGGUCGUCCGGCUGGUCACCCGAGGCACGGUUGAAGAACAGAUCUAUGCCAUGGGCCUGACUAAAUUGAAGCUGGACGAACAGGUUGCUGGUGAGGGAGCAGAGGAGCCGCCCAAGAAAGAAGGUGAAGAGAGUGACAAAGAGAUUGAAGGUCGGAUGAUUGUGGAAGACAUGUUCUUCAAGAAACUCGACCAAGAACCGAUUGAAAAAAUCAAGGCCGAAGUUGCCAGUCCAGUCAAGGCGAGGUCUACUGCACCGUCAUCUGAACAGGGAAUUACUGCUGCGGCUGCGGUCGGUGAAGAACCAAACGUGACUGGUAGUAGCCAGAGAAAGUCACGGCAGACGAAGGGGAGCGUCGACUUACCUCGUCGGAAACGCACUUGAAGGCUGAACGGGUUACGAGUGCAUGGAUUCGGAUGACUGACUAUCCCAUGAGUAUCAUAGGGUUUGGUUGGAAAAUGGACGGACUGUAACUCCUGGUGAGCAUCCAUGGUACAAUUGUGCAUCUUUCGGGAAUCAGAAAUCACUACUAUGAUACAGUGGAUAAAAACCCCAUCACCUUGCGGUGUAUUCGAAAUGCCAAAAGCGUUCCUGAAACUCCA